UGAUGCUAGUGUCUUUGUGGCGCUAGCUAGGCUGUCGUGCGAAAAACACGGGCCGCGGCCCCCAGCUGGACUAAUAGCUUGCUAAAUCAGCACUAUACCUCACGAAUAGCUCCAACUUUGCAGCAGUCAAGACCUACACGUCGCAGAGCGUGCACAGCCUGCACGACUGCAAAGAAGGAUGCUGCCCACACCCAGCCGCCUGCUGUUCGGAGCCAUAAUUGUGCACGGCUUCGCGCCACCAGUGCCACACGUCGCCCGUCGAAGCGUCUCGCGCCAUUUUGACGCUGCAAGUGCGGCCGCCGACAUCCUCGCGGACCCGACGGCGCGCUUCGAGGCGGCGACGGUCGUCCUGCUCGCGAGCUUCGCGUCGGCAGGCAGUGCUGAAGUCUAAAAGUUCAUUCCACGCCAUCGACGCGAAACAUCGACGCGAAAUCGUCUCGACAUGUGGCUCACUCGGUUGAUGUCCUCACAGGUCGAAGGUCGGACAAAGCCCCUUAAAACGCGAGAAGAAGCACGUGAAACCAAAGGACGUGUCGUCCGCCGACUGGCGCAAGGGCGAAGUCGCGCGCUGGACCCUGGCAAGCCUGUCGAAUGACGCCGCCGACGCGACGUUUGCCAUAGCAUUCCUACAAGCCUGGGCGGAACGGACCUGCGAGGUCGGGGUCUUGCGGAGCCGUGCGCGAUGUGCCGCGACGGACGAGGGCGUGCGGCUGCUGUGGGUCUCGCGGGGGCCCGGUUAUUUAUCGCAAGCCGAGGAGCGGCGCCUCGAGGCGGCGUUCGACAAAUUAUCUCCGGAGAAGCGCGAGGUCGAGCGGGCGCGGUCGAGCUACACCUACGGCGCGCGCCGCGCGAAGGCGGGCGUCGGCGGCGUGGACCUGACCGUCGGGCUGGGCGCCGAACACCCCGUCCUGGCGAUGCGGCGCUGCGGCUACGCGGAGAACGAGCCGGUCAAGGAGGGCUCCGAGCGCUCGGCGACGGCGGCGCUGUCGCGCGACCUUAAGUGCGCGUUUGGCGCCGAGCGCGAUACGACGACGCGGGGCUAAGAGUGUGCGAACUUA